CCCAUAGUGAGAGUGCAGUGUUUAGGGCGGAUUUUCCUCGUGGGUUCAGUCAGAACCAGAACCUCCACCCGCGGCUCUCAUCCAAACUGCAGCCGACCUACAGCCUCCAUCUCCGGCCAGCCGCCAUGUCCCACACCGUGGUCACCACCCGGACCACCACCACCACCACCAGCAGCUCCUCCGCCGACGGAGGCUUCCUCAACCUCGGCUACAUCAGGACUUUCCCCGGGCUGCUGAAACUCGCGCAAGUGGUAACUCUUCUGAUUGCGUUCCUGUGUAUUCACUGUGCUCCUGGAUGGACGGAUCUUUCAGCUUUCCGGUACUUUGAGGUCGUCACAUUGUGGUUCCUCAUCGCCUUCCUCAUCUUCCUCCUCAUGUACAUCCUCAGACUACAGUCCAAAAUCCCCUGCAUUAACUGGACCCUGACCGAGUUUCUGCACUAUGCUGUGGGCACCAUCCUGGUCUUUAUUGCCUCUAUAGUUGCUGCAGUGAAAAGUGGUGGACACUCUGCGCUCGUAGCUGGAUCUGUUUUUGGUUUUAUUGCGACGUUUCUUCUUGCGAUCAGCUUAUGGACGUCGUACAAGGUCACUUGUGGCUCUCAGCCAACCAGUGCAGCUGUGUAACAGGAUGUGAUGGGGUGAGCAGGAAUGUUCCGGUAGCUGUUCAAGCGCCUCAAAAGUAUUCAACCCCCUCCUGAGUUCUGCAGUACGAGAGAUUUUAUGUGACGAUACUCCUUAAAGCUGCAGUCUGGCCUUAAUGGAACUGCACAGCUAAGUAGCACUUCAAUACACAGCUCUGGAAAAAAAAUAAGAGAGCACUUAAAAAUGAUGAGUUUCUUAGAUUUUACCAAAUUGAAAACUUCUAGAAUAUAAUCAAGAGGAAGAUGGAUGAUCACAAGCCAUCAAACCACCAAACUGAACUGCUUGAAUUUUUACACCAGGAGUAAAGCAGCAUAAAGUUACCCAAAAGCAGUGUGUAAGACUGGUGGAGGAGAACAUGAUGCCAAGAUGCAUAAAAAAUCAGCAAAUAUUGAUUUCGGAACUCUUAAAACUGAAAUGUCUCCUCCUUUUUUUCCAGAGCUGUAUAAAUAUUGUAGUUUUAUAAAAUAGCAGCACAAAUAUUACAUACACAGGUAGUCUGAGACACACUUCAAACAGAUUCAAAUCUGAUUGAUCCCUCAGAUCACUUCAAAAGCUGGUCUGAAACACAUGGUCUCAAAACACUUUAGAGGUGGUCCUUCAAAAGGUGGUCUGAGACUCAUUUACUGUAAAAACAGAUACAAAUCCAAUACCUCAGAAAACUUCAGAAGAUGGUCUGAGACGCACUUAAAACAGACAUGAAUUGGAUAGCUCACUCAAACUGUUCACUUCAGAAGGUGGACUGAGACGCACUUAAAACAGAUUCAAAUCAGAUUAAUUCCUCAAACCACUUCAGGAGGUGGUCUGAAAUGCAUUUAAAACAGACCCAAAUAGGAUUGAUUACUUAAAAAACUUUAGAAGGUGGUCUGAGACGCAUUUAAAUCAGAAACAAAUCAGAUCACUCACUCAAACCAAUUCAGGAGGUGGUCAGAGACACACUUCAAACAGAUACAAAUCUGAAAACUCGAACAGUUUACUUCAGGAGUUUGUCUGAGACGCAUUUAAAACAGACACAACUUGGAUUAAUCUCUAAAAUCACUUUAGAAGGUGGUCUGAGACACAUUUAAAACAGAUACAAAUCAGAUCAAUUACUCAAACCCCUUCAGGAGAUGGUCUGAGACGCAGUUUAAACAGACCAGAAUUCGAUUGAUCACUCAAACCACUUCAGAAGGUGAUCUGAGACCCAUUUACUGUAAAACAGAUACAAAUCCAAUACUUUAAACCACUUCAGGAGAUGGUCUGAGACACACUUAAAACAUUGAUCAUUCAAACUCUGCACUUUAGGUGGUCUGAGACGAACUUGAGCUACAUAUUAAUGCAGUAUCAGCGCAUCCAUCUCCAUAACAUGCAUUCAACAACCAAAACUUACGGAUUUAAUCCAGAUAUUACAAGCAGAAAGUGAACCGGUUUAAAAGGGCAUGAACAUUGCAGUUAGCAUCAUGCUAACUCGUGUUGGCGUUACUGUAUAGCUAUAUUAGCUUUGUAGCUCCAGUGGAAAACUAAAGGUUUUAAGGUUAAACUGCUGCUUUAAGGAGGAGAGUUUGGGAUUUGAUUUCAUGCUGCGGUUUGAAGGAGGGUCUUUGCUGAAGAUGAAGAUGAAGAUGGAGGAGGAGGAGCUCCAGCUUUAGUUUAAAUAUUGUUUUAUGAAGAAGAAGAAGAAGAAGCUGGAGGGUCAUUUAUUUACUGUUUACACUUAUUUAUUGUAGAGAAUCUGAGUUAAAUUCACACAGUCUGUGCUUUUACAGUAACUCUGAGCAGUUCAGUAUUAUAAUUUUUCUACACGAUGGCUCUCUGCUCUUAAUUAUUGACUGAAAAUAUAAAAUUUCCACAGCUCCAG